ACGCACUAAUCUGUCAAACAGCAUACACACAUUACGAGUCUUGAGAGGAUUGAGAGUUCAAACGCUUAGUUUUGUGUUUGUUUUUAUAAGCCAAAAAUUGGAUUUUACUUGUUGUCGACAUGGAAGUGGUCAACGUUAAGAAUGUUAUCAUCAAAUAUAUUCCGGAACAUAUUGUUGUCGAAACGUACCGUCUGUCCAACCGUUCGCAAACAACGGACGCUGCCCUGCAACGAACAAGCACCAAAAAUAAAUCGAAUCAAGAUCACCACAAUUGCAACAGUAACGAAGCACUGGACGAAAUCUACUACAUAUCAAUGGACGAGAGUCUCGAUCCGGACAGUGAUGCUGAGAUCGAUUAUGAAGCUGACAGUUCAACGAAGGAUUUCACGGAAGAGGAGUAUUUGGAAGACGAUGUGCAGGAAUUGUUCAUUGAAAGUGGCCAAGACAUUGACGAUGCAGAAUUCGUCGAAUUGGAAUCGCAGGAGACGUUUGAUUACAAGAAGAAUGGUUCGACGCAAGUGUUAAAGGACUGGUUUUUCGAUCAUUUACAUAAUCCGUAUCCUUCCGAGCAGAAAAAGGAAGCAUUUUGUAUAUUGCUGAACAAGACACUUCUUCAGAUAAACAAUUGGUUCAUCAACAUGAGAAGGCGGAACAAAGACAAAAUUGUGCAGGCCAAAUCAGAGAAACCAGAUUUCGAAGACGGAACCACGCACGACAUAAAAUUGGAAGUGGAUACGGCAGACACACCAGCGUCCGUUUUGUACGACUCGUUGCAGUCCCAAGAUGAUUCUCGAACCGAGCAACGGGUCAAUACGUUGCCGAAAAGAAAACGAAAUUCAACCGCCAAUUCACAGUCGCCGGCCAUUUGUGACAUUUGCGGGAAACAGUUCACACAUCGCCGAAUGCUACAGAGUCACUUGAAGCGACAUGAUCCAAGCAAAUGGGACAAAUGUGAGAUCUGCAAUAAAAGUUUUCCGGAUGGUCUGAAGCGGCAUAUGCGCACACAUUCCGGCGAACGACCGUUUACAUGUGACCAGUGUGGUGCUUCGUAUACCCAAUCAUUUGCGCUGAAAAUUCAUAAAGCAUCGCACGAUGAUUCCGGCAAACAAUACUUUUGCGACAUUUGCAGUAACGGCAAAGCGUACUACAAUCGAUUCAAAUUCAAAUACCAUGUGCGCUCACAUUUUGUGGUGAAAACGAUGCGAACCUGUGAAAUUUGCGGCUUCAAGACCAACAAUCUAAAAUCGCACAUAAUAACACGCCACUCAACACUGCGACCGUUCAAAUGCGACAUAUGCGGCGAAACAUUCAAAUUCAAAGCGGUUUACCGAACACAUCUACUCAUCCACUCAGAGUCGACACCGUUCUCUUGCGAUCAAUGCGACAAGACAUUCAAAGCCGAAUAUUCACUGGUGCGCCACAAAGUGGUGCAUUCCGAAGAGAAGAAUUUCAUUUGUCCCAUUUGCAACAAAGCGUUUCUGCUGCAACGAUAUUUGAGUAAGCAUAUGCGAGGACAUACCGGUACGCGGAAGCGGCACGCGUGUACUAAGUGUGACAAAGACUAUUCGAAUGUGACGGAUCGACGACGUCAUAUGGAGAGAGAGCACGGUAUCAUUGAAAUUCCCAAUCCAAAGUAUGCGAACAAUAAAAUGAAAAAAAAGUCUGAAGUGCCUUGUAAGGAUGAUUGAUGUGUGGUUAAGUAAAGAAAAAAAAAUAUA